AUGUGUCUUGGCUGUACGCCGACUUUUUUUUGCCUGCGAAGCCUAGAAACACCGACAAGACAGGGGCUCUGGCACUCUAUCUUGUGUCAAUACCCGUAUUUUGUUUCUGGCUUCGAGAAUGCUAACCUGGACAUGGGAAAAUUUGUCCCAGUCAGGGCCAGCGGGAGCUAUAACCAAGGGACCUCUUUCCAGAAUUUAGAAGUACAAAAGGUUCCCGAAAUCUUACCUUCAGGGGAUUUCAUGUUAAGAUCUCCUACCUGGAGACAUAAACUACAUACAGGGCUUCAUACAAGCCUCUGA